AUGUCUUACAGACGCAGUCUCGAAGCAACUGAGACGUCCUCAAGCGUGAUAGAAAUCUCCGAUGCUGAAGAGAUUUACUUGGUCAGCGACGAUGAUACUUCACGGAAGGACGCCAACGAUCGCCGACUUGCGCAGGCCGUCAACUACCUACAACACGAAGGCGGAAAUGACUCUCACGCCACCUAUAUGGAUCGUGUCAAUCGUAUUGACGAGACUCUGCUGAACCAGCUUCCUCACCAAGGACCUAUGUUUAGUCACGAGCUUUACCAACAAGUUCGAGCUCUGGUCAUCGGCGUCAGACGCGACUUUGGCAAUGCUGCACAGCAAGAUUCUUUUGACAUGGAUAGCCACGAUGAGCUUGCUUAUAUUGAUAGCCCAAUGGCUUUCGAAGAGGAAGCACUGUAUCGCGGCGACUCCCAAAGCCCGACUCCAACUCCUGCCCCUUCCAAGCGACGAACCUCCAACGUUUUGGCUCCAAGGAGCCUAGUGUCCGAGGAAAAGGUGCAGAGAGUGCGUUCUUUCAAGUACGGUGGCGACAGUGAGAUUGAAAGCUGGCACAGCGACUAUCCAGCGUCUCUCCCUUUCCCUGAAACACUCAUGAUGGCGCACUGGGAGAGUAUGAAAAUUGAUUUCGAUAUCAAUCGCCCCAAGGAUGCUGCUACGGCAGAAACCAUCGUACCUUUGGAAAUCCCACAGAUGCAGCAGUACUUCGAGUUGCCGCUCUAUGAGUCAGGUUCACGAUUCAAGCUUCCGACAGUGAGCGAUGAGGACCAGGUGGCGGUCAACAAGCUCGGAACGAAGCUUCAUCUCCAGAAGGUUGUGGACAAGUUCUUUGAGAGGGACCAGACAAAUGGAGGAAAGAAGGAUUAUGUUCCGCGCCUCUUCCUUGAGAAUUUCAACGUGGACCACCAGUGGGCACCCGACCGACUACGCAGCAAGCUGAACGCUUCGCCAACCAAAUCUCGAACCUUUCAGUCCGCUACCACUGUACCACCUCGCAAGCUCACCAAGACUACCGCUAUCUCGCAACGCGCCUCAUCUCCAGCAUUUAGACGUAUCAGCAAGGAAGUGCGACGUGAAAGUGUCGUCCACCCAGCAUCCUGUACAGAGGCAAAGGCAACUCCAACUCCUCCAACCACCUUCAGCACACGGCUCAAGUCCAAGCCAACCCCACUAGCCACCUUCAGUACGCGACCCAAGUCUACUCCAGCUGCACCAGCCACCUUUAGCACACGACCCAAGACAACCACCGCGGCCACCACCAGAACCCUAUCCCACGUCGCCAUCCCCAUCAAAAAACCCCGCGGCCGUCCUCCCAAGAACCCCAAGCCCGUAACAGCAACAGCUUCCAGCGUGUCUGCCAUCCGUCCUGACCCGACCCCACUCAAGCGCAAACCCAGUCUCGGCUCUCAGCCAUACGAGACGCCCAAAUCAUCCAUCAAAAAGGUCCUUCGCGACAACAAGAGACAAAAGAGCGUGGUUUUCGUAGAAGCGCCGAUCGCGCUUGAGGAAGAUAGCGAGGAUCCGAAUUAUCCUGCGAGUCCGGUGUGCAAGCCUGCGAGGGCGAGUACGCGUGCGAGUGUGAGUAAGGCUGCGGCGGCGGGGAAGAUGAUUGUAUACACCUUGGUCGCUUUCAACCUCUCGUGCGAGACGACCUGUGACGACGCUUCUUUCGUAGUCGCGCCCACGGACGAGGAAAGGCUCAAAGCCACUACCAUCUGGGCCGCGUACCCACUUGACUUUCCCGCCGCUUGUGUCAUCUACAACAAAACCGCUGUUUUGUCGAUCGAGCUGCAUGAACCAGUGUCGCUGGUGUAUCGAUCCGAUGUCGUUCGUCGAGCCAGGAUACGCGUUGGUUGCUCUAGUUUGGACAUCUUCAUCGGUAUCUGUGUCGAUUUCUUCUCCUGGAACAGACAUAGGGUUUUGAAGGUCGACUUGAUCUUCAGCUUCGGAGUCGGACUGAAGCUUAAUUUUGUGUACUAA